CAGUUCUCACCCACCCAAACACCGCCGCUGAAACCUCCAGUUCUCAGCACACAUCGACCUGCUCGACCGGCUCCACUAGCGCUCGUCCAAGAUGGACGUCGCCGACGCCGCCUCCCCGUCUGGCCAGGAGCAGCAGGGGCACAGGACGGUGUCGUCUGAGCCGCCGAAGCGACCCGCGGGGCGGACCAAGGUACAUGAGACGCGCCACCCGCUGUACCGCGGCGUGCGGCAGCGGGGCCGGGUCGGGCAGUGGGUGUGCGAGGUGCGCGUGGCCGGGGUGAAGGGCUCCAGGCUCUGGCUCGGCACCUUCACCACCGCCGAGAUGGCGGCGCGCGCGCACGACACCGCCGUGCUCGCGCUCUCCGGCCGGGCUGCCUGCCUCAACUUCGCCGACUCCGCCUGGCGCAUGCUGCCCGUGCUCGCGGCCGGGUCUUUCGGCUUCGGCAGCGCGCGCGAGAUCAAGGCCGCCGUCGCCGUCGCCGUCGUGGCUUUCCAGAAGGAGCAGAUUAUCCCAGUCGCCGUCGCCGUGGUGGCGAUCCAGAAGCAGCAGAUUAUCCCAGUCGCUGUCGCCGUCGUGGCGAUCCAGAAGCAGCAGAUUAUCCUCGCCGUCGUGGCGCUCCAGAAGCAGCAGAUUCCAGUGGCCGUCGCCCUCGUGGCGCUCCAGGAACAGCAGGUCCCAGUCGCCGUCGCCGUCGUGGCGCUUCAUCGGCAGCAGGUUCCAGUCGCGUGCCCGGGAACCUCCGGCCCGGGCAGCGCUCUGUUUUACAUGUCGUCCAGCGACUUGUUGGAGCUCGACGAGGAGCAGUGGUUUGGCGGCAUGGAGGCCGGGUCGUACUACGCGAGCUUGGCGCAGGGGAUGCUCGUGGCACCGCCGGGCGAAAGAGCGAGGACGGAGGACGGCGAGCAGAGCGGCGUCCAGACGCCGCUAUGGAGCCACUUGUUCACCUAAUCUAGCAGUGUAAAGUUGUACUCCCUCUGUCCGGAAUUACUUGUGCGAAAAUGGAUUAAAAUGAAUGUAUUUAGAACUAAAAUACGUCUAGAUACAUCAAUUUCUCAGACAAGUAUUUCUGGACGGAGGGAGUACCAUUAUUAGAUAGUUGUGUUCUUUUCAAUUUGAGGAGAAACAGAGUAGCAUCUUGUUCCUUCGUUGUACUCAUUGUACUAUAAGCUCCCGGUUUGAGUAUUUGUGAGGAAGGGGAUUGCCUAUUACACCAAUUAUUAUUGGUCAAAUUGAUCGCCUUCUUCCUGAUUUGGGAAAAACUGAGUAGGCGGUGUGUUCCUUCAUUCAUAGUAGUAGCACUUGUCAAAUUCCCGGUUUCUACUUUUGGGCGAAAGGCAAGAUUGUUCAAUACAUCAAUUAUUGGUACAGAA